AACAGCAGCCUCACAGAGUUUGUAUUUAAAAGGGGGAGCUUCCUGUGUUUCAGCUUUUUCAUUUUAUUUUCCUAGAACUCAAACAAUUUGAUCGUAUUCCAUAUUUACAGAUUUCAAAAUGGAUCAAGAAAAAAGCUACGAGUCGGUUCCUUUGAUUUCCUCAAACCCAUCUUCAAGCUCUGCCACAACUUCAAUAAAUCUUUCUCACAACGAGUCCUCAAAUUUAUCUUCUACUUUAAAAUCAACAAUUUCCUCAAGCAGUAUUCAUUUGUUUUUAUUAACAUUUAAUUGCGGGAAAAAUCCAAAUUUAUUUCAGAAGAACAACACUCUAUUAAAUGAGUUGGCCAAAAAAUUACCAGCUUCUCCCUCGUCUUUUUUCGUUUUCAGCUUUCAAGAAAUUUGUUCAGUUUUAGAAAGUUUGGUGGAUUACGAACAAGUUAAUUCCUAUUUGAAAAAUGUCACUGAUAUCUUGAUUGAAUUUUUAAGUGAACAUUACAACUUGAGUUUUGAUAAAAUUGCUUCAAAUUUCAUUGGUGCAAUCGGCUUGAUUGUUUUAUCUCCAUUUAAAGACAAUUUUAAGAAUCUAACAUUAAAUUAUGGGAAAUUUUCAACCGGUUAUUUAUUUUCAAGUUUAAAAGGAUCUUGUGGCAUUAGGCUAUCAUUCAAUCUUAAUACCACCAAAAAUGAAAAGACGAUUUUAACAUUUUUAGCCUGUCAUUUAACUGCAAAUGAGGGGUCACUUAAUUGGGAAAAAAGAAAUAAAGAUCUUCAGUACAUCUUCAAUUAUCUUAAAUUCGACGAUAGUUUCACCUCAUUAAUCGACGAUUCGCACUGUUUUAUAAUGGGGGAUUUAAAUUACAGAGCCACUGCUAAUAUUUUUAAUAUCAAUGAUAUUGCUAAUAUUAAUUUCAAUGAUUUGGAUAUCCCCAAUCUACCCUUGAAUACAAUUUUAAAUUUGAAAAAUCAGUAUAAUAAUAACUUGCUAGAUAAUUAUGACCAGUCAUUUUUCAAUAGAAAGGAUGAAUUGACUAUUUCUAAGAAUAACAAUAAAAUAUUAUCAAAUUUUGAUGAGCCACCGAUAAAUUUUAAACCAACAUACAAAUUCAUUAUCAAUUCCAAUGAGUAUACAAAAAAAAGAAUCCCAUCAUGGUGUGAUCGAAUAUUAUAUUUAUCGUAUCAGAAUAACGAUAAUAGAGAAGUAAUUUCGAGCUAUGAUUCAGUUCCAAAUGUUCAUUUAUCUGACCAUAAACCAGUUUAUUUGGAUAUAACCAUUCCAAACACACCUCCAUUGAUUACUGUACCAUUAUCAUUAAGUAGCACAAUUGCUUCUACUAGUUCAACUAGGUCUAUUGCUUCAAUUGCUACAACUGGCACAGCUGGUACAACUAGAUCGCUUUCAAGACCAUUAACCCCAUACAACAACGGAUAUAUUCAAACUGCUUCUAUUUUGAACUUUACUACAGAUUCGAUUAUUGGAUAUGCAUUAUAUGCAAUAGAAACAACUAAAGGUAGAUUUUUCUUUGGUGUUUUUCUUUUAACUAUUUUACUUAUAUCAUAUUUCAGAUCUUUUUUCUUAUAAGCAUUGAGAUUAAGAAUAUUUAUUAAAACUAAAAUGAAAUAAAAUGAAAUAAAUGAAAUAAAAUGAAUAUGGAUAUAGAUAUGAAUAUGAAUAUGAAUAUGAAUAUGAAUAUUAUUACUAGCAUAGUUUAUGUCUUCCAACCUAUAUAGUAUAUAGUAUACAUUAUAUAGCUCAAUCUCAUACCGUAUAAUAAACCAAGAA